AUGUCGGAGGGAACGUACGAGGAGGUAGAGAUAGGACAAGAGGACACGUCGGAGGGAACGUGCGAGGAGGUAGAGAUAGGGACAAGAGGACAUGUCGGAGGGAACGACAAGAUGAAUGACCUCCCGGAGUGCAUGCGUAGACGUCCCAGGCGACACUCACUGCAUCAGGGUGAGGCUAGGGAAGUGUCAGCUGAUGGUGACUACGUAAUUCUUAAGGAAUCAAGACAGCUAAGGGCGCAGCUGAAACCUCUUGACGAUAUCGAAGACGACGAGGACGAGGAAGAGAAUGCAGUUGUGACUUCGUCAGAUCUCGUUCAAGCCUGGCCACAAGAUGAUGUCCAAGCAAGUAUGUUUCGGAAUAUUGAGAAUGGAAAUAUUCCUGAGAUUGAAGAAUUAAUUAACAUAGAUCUUGAUUUGAUGCAAUGCACCACGUCCGUGGGUGAUCUAAAGGACAUGAACGUACUGCAUUUUGCAUUGCAUCAUAAAAGAUUCGACGUCGGCGAAAUGCUUAUAAACAAAGCAGGGACGUUUCUUGCUAGUCAAGCGUUUUCUCUUCCUGGGUCUUCCUGCAUGGCUCUUCAUCAAAUCACAGAGAACAAUAAUGUUAAUCUCGCUAAACUAAUACUCAAAAACAAAUCAGAAGAAGAACAACAACGGCUUAUAAAAGAAGAAGUAGUUAAAGAUAUCAAACAUCAACGGGCAAGAUCAUUUUCAUGUUAUCACCUCGCUGCCUUCAAUGGUUACACAGAGCUUGUUCGUCUGUACCUGGAUGUAGGGAUAGAUGUGAACCUGUUAAAUAGUAAGAAGGAUUCAGCGUUACUUUGGGCAGCUAGGUGGGGGCAUAACGCCACGGUAUCGCUUCUCCUUGAUUGCAAUGCAGACGCAAACAUCGAGAACGACAAAAAGUCGACAGCUCUCCAUUGGGCAGUGCGUUACCAACAAUCCAAGACAGUCAGACUAUUACUGAAGAACGGGAAAGUUAAUCCAAAUCACAUCCGCUCUAUGGGUUUGGUCGCACCUCUGAUUCUUUCGUCGGCCAUUGGAAACAACAAAAUAGCUAAACUACUAUUGACACAUGGUGCUGAUGUUAAUAUUGUGAUACGAGGAGGAGAACGUGCAAUACACCAUGCAGCCAAAGAGGGGCACAUCAAGGUCGUGAAGACGCUUCUCAGAUACGGGGCCGACAUUAACAUGGAAGACGAGAAGGGAGACAUGGCCAUACAUUUCGCGUCCCAGAGAGGCCACGCUGAUAUCGUCAACUUACUUUUGAUGAAAGGCGCCGAUAUGUUUCACAAUAACGAUAUUGGAGAGGACUGCUGGGAAAUUGCUUUACAACAGGAAUCAAAUGAUGUGCUUCAAGUGUUAGCCAAAUACUACAAAGUGGCUAAAAGUACGAUGAGAUUCUCCGGUAUCCCUCCGAUCUGCGUUGCUGCACGAUUAGGCCGACCCCAAAAAAUCAAAGCGCUUCUACAAAUGAAUCUAGAUCCCCAAGAGGUGGAUUUUGACGGAAACACAUGUCUCCACUAUGCCGCCAUGUACAACAGGGAUGAGGUUAUACGCGAAUUUGGCAAUACAUUUGAUAUAAAUAAACAAAAUAAAAAGCAGGAAACGGAUCUUCAUAUAGCAUGUACAAAGGGAAAUCAAGAAGCUGCGUUUGCUUUAAUGGAUAUGAAAGCAAAGACUAACGUCAGAAAUGCGUCCGGAGAAACAGCAUUGCACGUAAUCGGUUAUUCCAGCAACUCCACCCCCGAGCUUGCACGAGCUGUUCUGUCACACACUAUUAAAAUCCAUGACUGGGUAAGUGUUAAUUGCACUGACGACGCCGGCAACAACGCGCUACAUUUGGCAGGGAAAUAUGCAAAUCCGGAUGUCUUAUGGGAAUUCCGAUUCGUACGAUUCAAAGACACAGAUGUUGAUGGAAACACACCCUUUCACGAGGCCGUGAGACUCAAUUGUGAGGAGGUUUUACACACUGCCUUAGAUAUAUACGAGAACAUGCAGAGAGACGCCGACAUCAACCACCCUAACAAUAAGGGCGAGACCGUUCUCCACCUUGCAGCAUCUGCGGGGUUCUCAGAUUGUGUAACACGGCUCAUAUUUUACGGAGCUGACCUCGGUCGUAAGGAUAAUUGGGGAGAUACUGUGCUGCAUCGGCUAGUUAAAGCAAUUGUGGAUGACAAUAGCAAUACAGCGCUUAACAUGAAUGUUGUCGAGACCAUUUUGCAAGAAGCUGUACGAUGGUCGUGCAAUAUAAGCAACGAAAGAUUUCCAAAUCAAAACAAACGCUAUUUUCAGCUACUUCAACGACAAGCUGUCCUAUCCCUUAUAAACGACUUUAAGAACGACAAAUUGCUUUCCGUUCUCGGUUACGCUUCCAAGAAAGGCUGUGACGUAUUUCUGAAACGAAUUAUGACUAUGCCGGAAGUGAUGUAUUUUGAGAGACAUGGAAACGUGUACUACGACAUUACACAUUUGACUCCUAUGACCAAUGGGUCUAACAAAAGAUGUUGCGGUGAAGCAAGAGUUCAACAUUCUGUUUCUCUUAUUGAACUGCUUGUCACAACCGAUGCGACAAACCACGCGUCAUGCGUGUUAAAUAUAACACCUUUUCGAAAAAUCGAAAUGAUGUACACAUCGACCAUAGCAUGGGCUUAUGCCUUUCUUAUGUUCCUUCAUGUUGCCUACAUGAGCGCGUUCACAUUCCUAGGUAUUGAGAUGUCGACAAAAUUUCGAGAAUUGCGGAAUGGUACACUUAUCGAAAACACUGAUCCUAUUUUGAUAGCAACUUUUGUCGUAGUUCCAUUAGAACCGCUGAUUUUUCUGCUGAAUGGCGUCAUUGUAUUGACGGUUAUGUUAUACAGACGGAACAUUUCGACGUCGGAAUCCUUCAUCAUAUUAGCAGUGAACCUAACAUUUGCUAUUUUGACCCUUGCUUGGCUUGUUCUCGUGGGCAUGCGUGACAGAAACCAUGACUACGUUCUCUCAGUAAGUUUAUGUAUAGGAUGGCUCUAUUCAAUCACAUUCACUCGCGGAUUCAAACAGAUCCAUUACUUCUGGAAAAUGCUCCUGAGCAUGCUUACUAGAGACGUUCUUCGGUUCAUGCUUGUUUUCUUGUUUGUGCUACUGGCAUUUAGUUUUGCAUUUCACUCUCUGUUCCAAAUUUCCCCAGAAAUUGUUGAUAGUUAUACGUACCCGUUUGACACAAUGUUCGUGGUGUUCAACACAAUGGUAGGAAUGGCGGACAUAUUCGAUGGUAAUUUCGAUGCUGGACUGCUAUCUGUCGGACGAACCUCAACUUUCCCCAAGAUCAUGUACGUUAUCUAUAUACUAUUUUCCACCAUUAUUCUACUAAAUUUGCUGAUAGCCAUGAUGAACGAUUCCUAUUCAAACAUCUUAGAGAAUCAGCAAGUCCUGUGGCGUGUCGAUUCCAUCAAAAUUGGAAUUAAUGUCGAAAACCUACUCCCGAAAUUCCCUAAAUAUUUUGGAAAAGUCAACAUCCGGCAUUGUAAAAUAAAUGCGGAAUAUGACGACUCUGUUGGUGAGAGAUGGUACCUGAUAAUGUCAAAGGCAGAAAUGAAACUUCUCCGUGAUGCUGAUUCGACGUCUCGUGACACACAUCCUCUAGGUGGCGUACUUGAAGAACAAUACAAGCGCAUGGAAAAACGUAUUGACAAUAUUGAGAAAGUUAUGGUCGAAAAUUUCGCCAAAACGUAUGCUUUGUUGGAAAGAAAAAUCACAGAACAAUAAUUUAAAGAUAUGCUUUCAUUGGUGCAAUGUGUGUUGGUGUGGAUACUUUGAGGACAUGCACGCAAUGAACACAUUCG